UACUUAUUAUAUACACACCGGUUUCCUUAUAUAAUUAGGGAUAUUAAAUUUACAGCAAAAAUGCCGACGGUAAUUCUACUGGACGUGUCCUUGUCGAUGUCCCGGACAGUGCCCACAUUAGACCCUAUCGAAAAUCAUACCCGGCUUACAGUUGCCACUGCAGCAAUCAAUUCAUUUUUGGAUUUUCUAAGUGUUCACUCAAGACUAGAGUACGUCGCUUUGGUUACUUUCUCUUCCAUGUGCGAAGUGGCCGUACCAUUCACUCGAGAGUUUGAGAAUAUUCGCAACAAACUGCCACUCCUAGAAGAGGGCGAUAAAACAUGCCUGGACUCGGCUUUGGCUGGAGUUAGUCAGCUUAUUCUUAGUGAGUGGGGAUACCAGACGCCCAUGCAAAUCAUAUUGAUAACCGAUGGCAGUAUAGGUUCGGGUCCAAUUGGUAGGAGUAGAGCCAUACAAAACCUGCCCCUGCCAGCACCAUAUCCUGUCAGGAUUCACAUUUUGCCUGUAGUCUCGCCUGUUGAUCCCUUUUUGCAGCAUGCAAUGCCACUUUACCAGAAAAUUGUGGAUCUAGCUACUUCUGCCAAUAAUUCAAGUGGAAAUGUCAGUCGAGGAUCAGUUUAUUGCCUAGACCAACUUUCAGCGGCCAGUGCGGUGAACGCGAUGACGCGGCUGUGCGAGCAGCACUACCAGGAGUUCUCGUGCACGCUUAAGUGCGGGCAGCUCGCGGCGCGCGUCCAGCUGUUCCCCGAGCCGCACCCCGCCGUGCACGAGGGCUACGCCGCCACCUACACGCUCUCCAACGAGAUCAACAUUAUGGGGUUCAUGCACGUUAGUGAACUGGGUACUCCGAUAGCAGUAAGCAAGCAUCUAGUGGUGCCGCAAGCGCAAAACGGCAACUCUUCCAACAGAGAAAAUUACGGCGCCAAAACCCCUAUAAAGGACGGGUCGAGCAUGGACGGCAGUUCACCGGAUGAAGAAGUGUUGGACCCCAGCAAGAUGCCUAAUUUCUGCGUUCUACUGCAUGGAGCGCUCAAGGUGGAGAACAUGGCGGCGAUAGUAGAGCUGGGCGGCGACUGGUGGGGCGCGCUGGUGGCGUGGAACGAGGCGUCGCGCUCGCGGCGCUCGUGCCUGCUGCUGUGCGUGCUGCGGCCCGGCGCCUCCGCCGCGCCCUGGCUCGGCCCGCUCGACCAGCUGGGCACGUGCGACGAGAACACCCCGCCAUCGGAGACGUACCCGGUGCGGUCGUGGCGGUCGUACAGCGGCGGCGGCGCGGGCUGCGCGUGGGCGCGGCCGCACGCGCUGCUCGCCGACGUGCAGAAGGUGCUGCGCCACGCGCGCAAGCUGCCCGACAAGACGCAGCACCUCUACAAGGAACUGAACCGACUCCGCCGCGCCGCGAUCUCGCUAGGCUUCUCGGAGCUGCUGGCGUGCGUGGGCGCCGCGCUGGAGCGCGAGUGCGCCGCGCUGCCCGCCGGCGCGCCGCCCGAGUGCGCGCUGCAGCUCGCGCACGCCGCCGCCGCGCUGCGCGACCCGCGCACGGCUCUCGACGUCAAGCACACCCUGCAGCCGCUGGCCAGCAGCUUCACUGUCACCUCUAUGCCACAUUAACAACUCGUACGGAAUUCUUGGAGCAGUUGACCCAUACGGCGGAUGCUGCGCGAACGUUACACGGCUUUU